AUGAGGAUUGGGGAAGUUAGAGAUCCUGUGCGUGGUCCAAGAAAACUGGAAGUUGUAGAUAUCAAAUCCUGGCAAAUUACCAUCACUUGGGAACCAUUUGGCUAUAAUGUAACUCGUUGCCAUAGGUACAACCUCACGGUCCAUUAUCGAUACCAAACUGGUGGACAAGAACAAGUCAGGGAAGAAGUGAGCUGGGAUACGGACAACUCACACCCUCAGCACACCAUUACUAACCUAUCACCCUAUACUAAUGUCAGUAUCAAACUCGUUCUAAUGAAUCCCGAAGGAAGGAAAGAAAGCCAAGAAAUUGUUGUUCAGACAGAUGAAGAUGUUCCAGGUGCUGUCCCACUGGAGUCUAUCCAAGGAAGUACUUUUGAAGAGAAGAUUUUCCUUCAGUGGAAGGAGCCAGUACAGACGUAUGGUGUGAUCACACUAUAUGAGAUCACCUACAAAGCUGUCAGCUCCUUUGACCCAGAAGUAGAUUUAUCCAACCAAAGUGGGCGUGUUCCAAAGCAUGGGAAUGAAACACAUAAUUUAUUUUUUGGACUUUAUCCUGGGACUACUUACUCCUUCACUAUAAGAGCCAGUACAGCCAAGGGGUUUGGACCUCCUGUUACAAGUCAAUUCACCACAAAGAUAUCAGCACCUUCCAUGCCACCCUAUGAACUGGAAACACCUUUAAAUCAAACUGACAGUACUGUGACAGUUAUGUUGAAACCUGCACAGAGCAGAGGAGCUCCAGUCAGUGUCUACCAAAUAGUUGUUGAGGAGGAACGUCCCCGCAGAACCAAGAAAACAACCGAAAUCUUGAAAUGCUAUCCAGUGCCGAUUCACUUCCAGAACGCUUCCCUUUUGAACUCUCAGUAUUAUUUUGCAGCAGAGUUUCCAGCCAACAGUAUUCAAGCUGCUCUGCCCUUUACUAUUGGUGACAACAAAACCUACAGUGGCUUCUGGAACACUCCUCUUCUCCCUCAUAAAAGCUAUAGCAUUUAUUUUCAAGCUGUCAGCAGAGCCAAUGGGGAAACGAAAAUUGACUGCGUCAGAGUGGCCACAAAAGCUGCGAUAAUCGUGACUCAGCUUACAACACCAUACAUUCGCAUCGCCCCUGCUGCAGGCGACGACCAACUAACAGGUGCUGCUACUCGAAAACCAGACCCUGAGCCAGAGAAGCAAACAGACCACACUGUUAAAAUAGCUGGAGUCAUUGCAGGGAUCUUGCUGUUCGUUAUUAUAUUUCUUGGGGUUGUGUUGGUUAUGAAGAAAAGAAGAAGCUAUCACUCCUACACUUAUUACCUGAAAUUGGCUAAAAAGCGGAAAGAGACAUUGAGCAGCACACGGCAGGAAAUGACAGUGAUGGUGAACUCAAUGGAUAAAAGCUACACUGAACAAGGCACUAACUGUGACGAGGCUUUCUCUUUCAUGGACACACACAAUCUAAAUGGGAGAUCUGUAUCAUCACCCUCUUCAUUCACAAUGAAAACAAACACACUGAGUACAACUGUACCUAAUUCUUACUAUCCAGAUCCGUUUGUGCCAACUGCCAUUUUAGUGCCAAUAAAUGACGAAACUCACACAAUGGGCAGUGAUACAAGCAGCCUGGUCCAAUCACACACCUACAAGAAGCGAGACCCUGUGGAUGUGCCAUACCAAACUGGCCAGCUUCAUCCAGCCAUCCGUGUUGCUGAUUUGCUGCAGCAUAUUACACAGAUGAAAUGUGCAGAAGGCUAUGGAUUCAAGGAAGAAUAUGAGGUACUUGUGGAUUCAAUCAUUCAUCUUUAUUAUUUUCACCUCAUACCUAUGACAAAAUAUGUUCAAGACCAACUGAAAAUGCUUCUUAAAUUUUUAUUUCAGGGUUAUCACAGACCAAACCACUACAUUGCAACACAAGGGCCAAUGCAAGAGACGAUAUAUGACUUCUGGAGAAUGGUCUGGCAUGAAAAUACAGCAAGCAUAGUCAUGGUGACAAAUCUUGUGGAAGUGGGAAGGGUCAAGUGCUGUAAAUACUGGCCAGAUGACACAGAGAUAUAUAAAGACAUUAAAGUUACCCUAAUAGAAACGGAGCUCCUGGCAGAAUAUGUGAUUCGAACAUUUGCAGUAGAAAAGAGAGGUGCCCACGAAAUACGAGAAAUCAGACAGUUCCACUUCACAGGUUGGCCAGAUCAUGGCGUGCCUUACCAUGCAACAGGACUUCUAGGAUUUGUUCGGCAAGUCAAAUCCAAAAGCCCACCUAAUGCUGGCCCACUAGUUGUACACUGCAGUGCUGGGGCUGGCCGAACAGGAUGUUUCAUUGUCAUAGACAUUAUGCUAGACAUGGCAGAAAGAGAAGGUGUUGUAGAUAUAUACAACUGCGUCAGAGAACUUCGUUCUCGAAGAGUUAAUAUGGUGCAAACUGAGGAACAGUAUGUAUUCAUACAUGAUGCAAUACUGGAAGCCUGCCUAUGUGGAGAUACCUCUGUUCCAGCUUCUCAAGUUAGGUCUGUAUAUUAUGAAAUGAAUAAACUGGAUCCUCAAACCAAUUCAAGCCAAAUCAAAGAAGAGUUUAGAACUCUUAAUAUGGUGACUCCAACUUUACGUGUGGAGGAUUGCAGCAUAGCACUUUUACCACGGAACCAUGAGAAGAACCGGUGUAUGGAUGUGCUUCCUCCAGACAGAUGCCUGCCUUUCCUCAUCACAAUAGAUGGAGAAAGCAGUAAUUAUAUCAAUGCUGCACUAAUGGAUAGUUAUAAACAGCCUUCAGCUUUUAUAGUUACACAACAUCCCUUACCAAAUACUGUCAAAGAUUUCUGGAGAUUGGUUCUAGACUAUCACUGCACAUCAAUAGUUAUGCUGAAUGAUGUGGAUCCAGCGCAAUUAUGUCCACAAUAUUGGCCUGAGAAUGGGGUUCAUCGACAUGGUCCUAUUCAGGUGGAGUUUGUUUCUGCUGAUUUAGAAGAAGACAUUAUCAGCCGGAUAUUCCGGAUUUAUAAUGCGUCAAGACCCCAGGAUGGCUAUCGAAUGGUGCAGCAAUUUCAGUUCCUGGGAUGGCCCAUGUAUAGAGACACUCCUGUGUCUAAGCGCUCUUUUCUGAAACUCAUACGUCAAGUGGACAAGUGGCAAGAAGAAUACAAUGGAGGUGAAGGUCGUACAGUCGUCCAUUGCUUGAAUGGAGGAGGCCGCAGUGGGACAUUUUGCGCAAUCAGUAUUGUUUGUGAAAUGCUGCGACACCAGAGAGCUGUUGAUGUAUUCCAUGCUGUGAAGACCCUGAGGAAUAAUAAGCCUAAUAUGGUGGACCUUCUGGAUCAAUAUAAAUUCUGCUAUGAAGUGGCUUUGGAGUACUUGAAUUCUGGCUGAUGGCACAAAAAUGUGGAGGGAUCAAAACCUUUCACUGCCACAAUCAAAGCGAGUUGCUUCAUGAUAUCUGUGUGUAAGAGAGACAAGGACUUCUCAGUGUUACGCUUCUAUUGCUUUGUAUUGGCUCUUUUUAAGAGCCCAAGAGAGUCUUUCCAAAAAAAAUGCUUGCACUGCCCAUUUUCCACAGUAUGGCUGCUGCUUGAGACACCUACAAUCCCACAGUAAAACACAAACUCACUUCAGUGGCUUAAAACCACUAUCAUAUAAACCCAUCAACUUGAUAUACCAGCCUAGUCAUCUGGUAAACUAAAGAGCACAAUUCUACUCUAAUGAAGAAAUUUUUAUGUUUCUGUUGUACUUUUUCUUGCCAGUGAUCCUUUGUUGUUGUCGUCAGGGCCUAGUGUACAUUUUUGUUCUGUGGAGAAUGCCGUCUAGCAUUUUGAUAAAUGUAUUUUAGUUACAUUUGUAUCUUACUUGCUCCUAAUAGAACAAUGCCACUGUAGCUUAAACCAAACUAAUAGCUACACAAACAGACCACAUUAACUUUGCAGAGCUGCAUUUUUCUGUCCAACUUGUAUUGUCUGAGAAAGGAGAGACUUGACAGAAGUCCAUUAUGAAAAUGGAGAAAAAAUAAAGACAGGAGGAUCAGAUUAAUAUAUCCAAAGCUUUUUCCCCAUUUGUUUAUAUUGUAAAUAUUUUUUGAUUUCAUCAAAUUAUUUAUUCAUUAAAAAGAAAUCUUUUGUGAA